UCGGCAGUUUGAUGCUAUAUUGACUUGUGCGCCGGGGAGCGGGUCUCCUGUGCUAUGCUAUGCUAUGCUAUGCUACAUUACAUACGUAGGUAGUACUCAAACUUGACUUACUUAUUUACUUACUUACUGUACUGCUGCGCUGGCUUCGUGAGACUGAGGUUGUUUCAGGAUCUUGGACUCGCCUCGCAGAUAGGAAUGGUCACUGGGUCUAUUUGACAGGAACCGUGUUUUUUCUUUCUUUCACGCCAACGCUUGCAGUGUCUAUGCUAGGUAUGCUAUGCUAUGCUAUGCUGUGCUGUGCAAUCCGAACUUCUUCUCCGCUAUGCUAUACUAUACUAUACUAUACUACACUAUACUACGUUAUGCUAUAUGCGAUGUUAUGUGUUAUGCUAUGCUAACCAUAGGUAGUACACUACGUACGUGUUUUGCCUUUAUUUUUGGAAUUCACUCAAAAUUUUCAUUGUCUGCGUGCGCCGCCGGCGUUAGAAAUCGUUCCCUGUCCAUGGAAGGAAAAGAAAGUCGUCCGAAACCUGGAUAGACCUUGCCGAGGUCUCGCGCUGAGGGCCUUUUGACAGGCUCUUGGCAUGCUACCUACGCUGUCGCUAAUCUGCUGCUGGGAUUCUCUUGUCUGCGGUCGUGGACUAGCAUACCUUGUUCACCUAGUUGAUAGGUAGAUGAUGCGCGGCGGUGGCGAU